AUGCUUAACCAACGCAAAAAAAAGAAAGACCUAUGUGAUACACCACUUUCUACUUUCACUAGCGCACGCACUUAUACUCCUGAUAAUAUUUCUGAAAAAAGUACACCAAGAUCUGAAAUUGCCCAAAAACUUAAUUUUUAUAGAAAAAAGCUGCA